UGCUCUCCAUUAUUUAUUAAUGGCUUCUUCAGCUGAGAAGCGACAGCAGCAUCUGCCAAACAUGUACAGCGCCACCUCAGCUCCACCACCAACGCCGUCAUCGCAACCAAACGGCAACCAACUAUCCUCCUCCGCCGCCGCAGACGCCCUCUCCCGUCUCCUCCACCGCCUCCCUCCUAAGCUUUCCCUUCCUACUCGCCGCUCCGCUCCUCCUACUUCUCCUUCUCUUAUCUCCCUCUCCGACCCAAACUCUAUUGACCUUCUUCUCUCUGCCUCUUCUCAAGAUGGUUUCUUUCAACUGACUGAUCACAAUAUUACUUCUCAACUCGUUAACUCAUCCGAAUCAGAAUCGCUCUCUCUUUUCAAGCUUACGAGAGAUCAAAAGGGAUCGUAUUUCCCUAAAAACUGGCCUCUAGGUUUUGAAGACGAUGAAGAUGGAAACGGCGAGUCGUUUUGGCUGGACGCAGAGUUUUCAACCGAGUCAGCGGAGUUGAGUUUAUCUUCUUUGCGUGAGUUAACUCGGUCUCUAGAGAAAGUUGGGUUGGAAAUAAUUGAAAUGCUUUCUCGUGCGGCAGGGUUUGAGAACCCGUUAAAGGAAGAUCCGACCCAGAUUUGUUCUUUGAUGGUGGUGCACGAGGGCUCAUAUGCUGAGGAUAAACCUGCAAUAUCGGGUGGUUUUUAUCCAUAUAUAGUCGGGUUACAAUAUCAAAUCCGGAUCCAGAAAUUUUCAUUGCUUGCGGAUUCGGGUUGGGUUGCUGUUUUACCUCAAGUGGACUCGGUUAUGGUUACUGUAGGCGAUAUUGCUCAGGUGUGGAGCAAUGGAAAUUUGAAGAAAGUAAGAGGAAGACCACUGGCAUGUAUGGGAGAUGGCAACAGUUCAAGAUGCAUAUCAAUGACAUUACUUUUGACUCUUCCUACAGAAAGCACUGUCUCUCCUCUUCUUCCUGAUGAGACAGUUAAUGGCUACCAUGACGAUAAUGGAAAUGAAAUUAGGGAAGAAGAAGAUGAAGAACAUGGCAAGAAAGAAGAGAGAUUGUUUAGCUCAUUUUCUUUUGAGGAUUAUGCAUGGAAAGUUUAUCAUGAGCCUCUCCUCUUCAAAGACCCACUUGAUAAGUACCGCAUUUCUAGCUAGUUUAUCUUUAUGUCCCAUAUUCUUUUUCUUAGUUAAUCUUUUGUUCUUUAAUUUAUGACUUCUAUAUUAAUGUUUGUAUUCCUUUUUAGUUGUUUUGCCUUUUCUUUUUCUUUUGGUAUUUUUUCUUUUUUCCCUCAUAAUAUAUAUAUAUAUUUUUUUUUAUUUCGGGAUGAUGUCCAGCUUUUAGGAUUGACUAGUGAACAGACGGAAGAUAUUAAUUUUA